GCUAUUGAAUAUGAGACGAUCUGCAGCGCCAAGUCAGUUGCAGGGGAAUUCCUUCAAAAGACUGAAAUUUUUACCCCCAGGAAGAAGUCAACCAAGUUUGAUUGAAGAGAUUACAAAACUGAACCCAGAUGUGAAAUCGUUUAAGGAUGCUGCAAAUAACUCCGUUGAGCAGUCAGCCAGUGAUCCUGUAAUCUGCAGUUCAGAUCCUCUGCCUCCAGAAGGAGGUAAAGAAAUGAACCAUGGGGAUAACUCUAAGGGAAACUGUUAUUUUAAAGCAUCUGCCAAUGCAGUGUUAGAUCCACCUCAAAUAGUUGCUCCAGCUGCUAAAGAAACAAUAGUGUGUAAGAGACAAGAAGAGGAGUCGUCUGGAAGCCUCAUUAAAUAUUUCAGUGUUGUUUGGUGUAAGGCUUCAAAGAAAAAGCACAAGAAGUGGGAAGGUGAUGCUGUCCUUAUUGUAAAAGGAAGAUCAUUCACGUUAAAAGAUUUAGAAGGCAAAGACAUUGGGAAAGGCAUUGGAUAUAAAUUCAAAGAAUUUGAAAACAUUGAAGAGGGUCAGACACUGAUGCUCGGCGGGAAAGAAGUAGAGGUCAUGGGUGUGAUCUCUCCGGAUGACUUCAAUAGUGGCAGGUGCUUUCAGCUUGGAGGGGGAAGUGCUGAUGUCCCAAGUACUUCUCAGACUGCCCGCAAGUGUUUCUCCAAUCCCUUUAAAGGUGUCUGUAAACCAAGUUCAAAAGAAAAUAGACGGAGUGAUUUCCAGAAGUGUAAACCACGUCAUAACCCUUACACACCAAAUUCCCUUGUUAUGCCGCAGCCAGACAAGAACCAUCAGUGGAUGUUCAAUAAAAACUGUUUCCCGCUUGUGGAUGUAGUGAUAGAUCCUCAUCUUGUGUCUCAUCUUCGACCACAUCAGAAAGAAGGAAUUAUAUUUCUUUAUGAAUGUGUAAUGGGAAUGAGAAUGAAUGGCAGAUGUGGAGCUAUUCUUGCUGAUGAAAUGGGUUUGGGGAAAACACUGCAAUGCAUUUCUCUCAUCUGGACCCUUCAGUGUCAGGGGCCCUAUGGAGGCAAGCCAGUCAUAAAGAAGACACUAAUUGUCACACCUGGAAGCCUAGUAAAUAACUGGAAAAAAGAAUUUCAAAAAUGGCUGGGAAGUGAAAGGAUCAAAAUAUUUGCUGUUGAUCAGGACCACAAGGUUGAAGAAUUUACCAGAUAUCUGGUUUAUUCUGUCCUUAUAAUUAGUUAUGAAAUGUUACUUCGUUCUCUGGAUCAAAUUAAGAAUAUAAAAUUUGAUCUUCUAAUCUGUGAUGAGGGACACCGUUUGAAGAAUAGUGCCAUUAAGACGACUGCAGCCCUCCUUAGCCUGUCUUGUGAGAAAAGAAUAAUCUUAACCGGUACUCCAGUUCAGAAUGAUCUACAGGAAUUUUUUGCUCUGAUUGAUUUUGUAAAUCCAGGAAUAUUAGGCUCUCUGUCAUCUUACAGGAAAAUAUAUGAAGAACCCAUCAUUUUAUCAAGAGAACCAUCUGCUACUGAGGAAGAAAAGGAGUUAGGAGAAAGAAGAGCAGCUGAACUUACUUGCCUCACUGGACUCUUUGUUCUUAGAAGAACUCAGGAAAUUAUAAAUAAAUAUCUUCCACCUAAAAUAGAGAAUGUAGUCUUUUGUCGACCAGGAGCACUGCAAGUUGAGCUUUAUCGGAAGCUGUUGAAUUCUCAGGCUGUCAGGUUCUGUCUUCAAGGAUUGUCGGAGAAUAGUCCUCAUCUGUUGUGUAUAGGAGCGCUUAAAAAGCUGUGCAAUCACCCUUCACUUUUGUUCAACUCUGCAAAGGAAAAAGAAUAUAGCUCAUCUUGCAAUGAAAAUGAAGAGAGAAGUUUGUACAGAGGCUUGCUAACUGUGUUCCCUGCUGAUUAUAACCCUCUGUCGUUUGCUGAGGAGGAGUCGGGAAAGCUGCAGGUGCUGUGCAAGCUCUUAGCAGUUAUCCAUGAACUUCGGCCCACUGAGAAGGUGGUGUUGGUAUCCAACUAUACUCAGACCUUGGAUAUUUUACAAGAAGUAUGCAAGCGUCAUGGAUAUGCUCACACAAGACUUGAUGGACAGACGCCCAUCUCUCAAAGGCAGCAUAUUGUUGAUGGCUUCAAUAGUAAAUACUCUUCUGAUUUUAUUUUUUUGUUAAGUUCGAAAGCUGGUGGUGUGGGACUAAACCUCAUUGGUGGAUCUCACUUAAUUCUCUAUGACAUUGAUUGGAAUCCAGCCACUGAUAUCCAGGCCAUGUCUAGAGUGUGGCGAGAUGGUCAGAAACAUCCUGUGCACAUUUACCGACUCCUGACCACAGGUACAAUAGAAGAAAAGAUCUAUCAGAGGCAGAUCAGUAAGCAGGGCCUCUCUGGGGCUGUUGUAGACCUAUCCAAGACAUCCGAGCAUAUUCACUUCUCAGUGGAGGAACUCAAGAAUCUGUUCACGUUCCACGAAACUUCAGCCUGUGUCACUCACGAUCUGCUUGACUGUGACUGUACAGGAGAAAGAGAUCAUACAGGUGACUCACUGCAAACUUGCAAAGCCCGCCAACCUUGUCAGCUUGGUCCGUAUCAGCAGGAGCCCAGCUCCCUGAAGCCUCUCUCCAUGUCCCAGCUGAAGCAAUGGAAACAUUUUUCUGCAGAUCAUUCACAUCAUACAGACCCUUUUCUAGAAAGAAUAAGAGAAAAUGUGUCAUUCUUUUUUCAGAAUGUAACCAAUCAAACUACAGUUACAAAAUGAAAGAUUAUAUCAGACAUCUUACUCCCUGUUAAAAAUUAAUAUUGUAAUUAAGUUAAUUUUUUAUGAGAAAUGGAAUUAGUUAAAUUGUAU